AUGAUGCGCGCCGAAGCAGGCCGGCCUUGGUUCCCGAGGUUGGCCGUCGUCAUGGUUUGGCUGGGCAAGAGCAGUACGCUGGUUGGUCGCCUUACAGGUUCAGUCUCAUGCCAGAACGACAUGCAAGACUCGAGACCGCGUACGAGAGGAGAUGGCUUCGGGAAUGCCAGGGGCACCAACAACUUCCGGCAAAUUUUUACGCGAUCAAACAUUGGCGCAGGACAAAGGUGCAUGUCUACCCAGUCAGAAGUGAGGCGUCUGAGUGCCAAGGACUUGUUAGUGAGGACUGGAAAGAGACAAACAGCGACCGCUGGCCUUAGGGUGGCCUCGCACCCGGUAACAGCCAACGUAGUGGGUGCCAAACGUGGUACUUUUGCGGGCACGCCGAGAUUCUUUCCAGAGCUUGUUAACGGUGCUAGGCGAGGCAACGGCGCUGUAUCAACAGGCAUUGGUUUCUCCGUUUGGGAUACCCCUCAAAAUACCCGGAUCUUGAUGGAGAAGCCCAGCGGCAGUCGCGUGAGGGAGAUAUGGAUCCACAUUCGGAACAAAAGAAUAGAGAGCUCUGGGUCCAAAGAAGCAACCCCUUAUCGCUCUGGGGCAGGCACAUUCAGGGACGUGUAG